AUGUUGACAUUCAAUUCAACGAGACACCUACAUUCGGCGUCAACAUCAUCGUCUCGCCGUCGUCAUAGUAGUCAUUUAAUUUCCUUCACAUCAUUUGCAUUAUGCAGCAUUGUUGUUGUUGUUGUUAUUGCCACCUGUAUACCAAGUUUAUGUCAAGGUUAUAUUAUCAAAGAAGAUGAAAGUUUUCUCCAGCAACCAUACUAUUCAACGCAGGGUGAUAUUGAAGAUCUAUUUGCCCGUUUGGCUAAACAAUUCCCUGAACAUGCCCAAGUGGAAACAAUUGGACGCAGUUUGGAGGGUAGAUCCCUGGUACUAUUACAUAUUGGACAAAAUAUGCGUCAACGUAAUUUGCUAACACCAAUGGUUAAAUAUAUCGGCAAUAUGCAUGGUGAUGAAACAAUUGGACGUCAAAUGUUGGUCUAUUUGGCACAAUAUUUACUCUAUAAUUAUCACAGCAAUUUGGAAGUGGCGGAAUUGGUGAACACUACAGAUAUUUAUUUAAUGCCCACAAUGAAUCCAGAUGGUUUUGAAAGGUCACAGGAAGGUAAUUGUGAAUCUUUGCCCCACUAUAUUGGGCGCACAAAUGCCGCUGGCGUAGAUUUGAAUCGUGAUUUUCCUGAUCGCUUGGAUUCGCAACAACAAAUCCAACAGAAAUCAUUGAAUCGACAACCGGAAACUGCUGCGAUCAUUGAAUGGGUACUGAACAAACCAUUUGUAUUGUCGGCCAAUUUCCAUGGCGGUGCUGUGGUAGCCAGUUAUCCAUAUGACAAUUCAUUAGCCCACCGCGAAUGCUGUGAGGACAGUUUGACACCCGAUGAUCGUGUUUUCAAAUUGAUGGCCCACACCUAUUCCGAUAAUCAUCCGAUUAUGCGCAAGGGUAAUAAUUGUAAUGACACCUUUACCGAUGGCAUUACCAAUGGUGCCCAUUGGUAUGAGUUAAACGGGGGCAUGCAAGAUUUCAAUUAUGCUUUUAGUAAUUGUUUCGAAUUGACCAUUGAAUUGUCCUGUUGUAAAUAUCCACCUGCCCAUACCCUGCCAGCCGAAUGGCAACGUAACAAACAUAGUCUGUUGAAACUCUUAAAAUUGGCCCAUAUCGGAGUGAAAGGUGUGGUUAAAGAUGUCAAUGGUUAUCCCAUACAUGAUGCAACAAUUGUGGUUUCCGGUUUGGAGGAGAAGCCGAUACGUACAACACGACGCGGCGAAUAUUGGCGUCUGUUGACACCAGGAAUCUAUAAUAUACAGGCAUUGGCUUUUGGCUACCAGGCCAGUGCUCCACAACAAAUCCAUGUAACAAAUGAUAAAAAUGUGGCUCAACGUUUGGACUUUACCUUGUCACCGAUUGAGACCAACUAUGAUGGUGAUUUCCGCAAAUUGAAAGUAAUACGCGCCGACAAUGCUGAAAAUAUAGAGAAAAAUGGUGGCUUCUUAAUGCCAACCAAAUUUGAACAUCACAAUUUUACUGCCAUGGAAAAAUUCCUUCGUGAUAUAGCCGAUUCUUAUCCGUCCAUAACAAGACUCUACUCCAUUGGAAAAUCCGUCCAAAAUCGUGACCUAUGGGUAAUGGAAAUUUUCGCCACCCCUGGCGAACAUGUCCCCGGAGUGCCGGAAUUCAAAUAUGUUGCCAAUAUGCAUGGCAAUGAAGUGGUGGGCAAGGAAAUGUUGCUGCUGCUCACUAAGUACAUCUGUGAACGCUACAAUUUCGAUAAACGCAUAACCAAAAUGGUGAACACCACCCGUAUGCAUUUCCUCUAUUCCAUGAAUCCCGAUGGUUAUGAAAUUUCCAAAGAGGGUGACAAAUCAAGUGCCUUGGGGAGGGCUAAUGCACAUAAUGUGGAUUUAAAUCGUAAUUUCCCCGAUCAAUAUGGUACAGAUAAAUAUAACAAGAUCACCGAACCGGAAGUGGCUGCCGUAAUGAACUGGACUUUGUCCAUACCUUUUGUACUGUCGGCCAAUUUACAUGGUGGCUCUUUGGUGGCCAAUUAUCCCUUUGAUGAUAAUGAAAAUGAUUUCAAUGAUCCCAUGACGAGGUUGCGUAUGGCCAAUGGUGCUCAUAAAUUGAAUCCCACUGAGGAUAAUGCCUUGUAACAUUUGGCUAAGCUAUAUGCUGAUGCCCAUCCCACAAUGCAUUUGGGUAAUCCCUGUCCCCUCUUCAAAAAUGAACAUUUCCCCGGUGGCAUUACGAAUGGUGCUCAGUGGUAUAGUGUGACCGGUGGUAUGCAAGAUUGGAAUUACAUUAAGGCUGGAGUUAUGGAAUUGACAUUGGAAUUGGGUUGUGAUAAAUUUCCCAUGGCCGAAGAGUUACCCAAAUUUUGGGCAGAUAAUCGUGAACCUUUGCUGCUGUUCAUUGAGCAGAUACACAAUGGUAUACAAGGAUCGAUAAGGAGUUCUAUUGGUUCGCCGGUUCCGGGGGCUGCCGUAAUGUUGGAUGAUGCCAAACAUGCCACCUAUAGUGGGGUCUAUGGGGACUAUUACAAAUUGGCACUGCCGGGGGUGCAUAACGUUACCGUGCUGGCGGAUGGAUUCUCUCCCCAGCGUGAAUUGAUCGAGGUACCGGUCAAGGGUAAAAUCCAUUUGGACAUAACUCUGAUGCGUGAUGAUCCCCAGCACUGGGCCUCGGCCAAUGAUUAUCGGAUUAUUGAAAAUGUUGUGCACACCCGUUAUCAUUCCAAUGCCGAACUGAGAGCCACCUUGGCGGAAUUUGAGGCCCGUAAUGGACAAAUUGCCACCUUUGGUUAUGCUGAAUCGGAAUUUGGUUUCUAUUAUAAUUCCAUUAAGUUGACAGCUGAUAUUGGUGCCCCCGAGGAAAGUAAAUACAAAAUUUUAAUUUUGAGUUCCUUUUUUGAUUCUGCCUCACCUUUGGGUCGUGAAAUAUCCAUGAAUUUGGUGCGCCAUGUCAUCGAGGGUUAUAAAUUACGUGAACCCUUAAUUUUGAAAUUGCUGCAGACUAGUGUCUUAUAUUUCCUGCCGAUAACGGAGAAUUUUGAUGCGGUCUUUAAGCUAUAUAAUAAUAACAAUUCCAUUUGUGAUCCUGUCGUUGGCAAUGACCUGGGAGAACGCAUUUUAAGUCCAGAGUCGGAAAAGCGAAGAGAUUUGCUAUUGUCCUUUUUGGAAAAUCAACGAUUUGAUUUAAUGCUUACCUUUAGUACUGGCUCUUCGGAAUUGUACUACCCCAAAGGAGAACAAAUCUAUGAGAAAUUUGCCCAUAACAUUGAAAAUACCGAAUUCAGCUAUUCUCCCCUACAAUGUCCCUCCACAUCAACGCAUACCCUGCGCCAUGACAUUACCGAACGUCUGACGAAUUUAUUCUAUAAAAUGUAUAAUAUACCCAUGUUUACAUUGGGCUUGUCGUGUUGCAGCAUGCCUCAGCAAAAAGAUAUUACCUCGGUGUGGCGUAAAAACAUCGAAAAACUUAAGAAUUUCCUGCAUUUAGUGGACACGGGAGCGGCGGGUUUUGUACACAAUCGUGAAGACCAACCCCUAAGGGAGGCAUUUAUUCGGGUAAUCGAACAUCAACCGGUUUAUAAUGUUAGCCGUAAUGCAGCACAUUUCCAAUUGAUAUUACCCGAAGGUUUAUAUGCCCUCGAAGUGAGCGCUCCGAACUAUGAAUCGCAGGUGGUAAAGGCUGAGGUGAAACAUGGCAAAAUCACUAAUUUGGGAAUAAUAAAAUUAAAUCCCUAUACCCUAAUCGUGGGUCAUAGUGAAAUCCAACCUUUGGGUAGGUUGGGCGAUGAUGUCGGCACCACAAUGAUAUCCGGUUUUGUUUUGGACAUGUCCAAUCAUCCCAUUAAACAUGCCAAGGUUGCGGUGAUAAAACCGAUCAUAAAAUAUUUUGUAAGAAAUUUCACCGACAGUAUGGGAAGUUAUAUUUUGAAAAAUGUCCCACUUGGAGAGAUUACCUUGAAAGUGGAAGCGCCACGAUAUUUGGAAACGGUUCGCUUGGUAAAUGUCCUUUCGGCCAAUAAGGAAGUUAAAAAUGUUGUCUUCCGUUUGCAACGUAAUGAAGAUGUUAUGGGUAUGCCAAGAUUUGUUUUUAUCCUGCUCGCCAGCUUGGCCAUUAUUACGGGAGUGGUUAUGUGCAUUUUGUGUGCCCAGUGUCUGUUGGCACGACGAAGACGCACGGAUAAGCCUUAUUAUAAUUUCUCACUACUGCCACAAAAAGGUAAAGAGCUAUUCGAAGAUGAUGGUGAUGAUGGGGAAACGGAGCUGUUUAGAUCACCUAUUAAGAAGGGUAUGACAAUUAAACCCUAUUUCGAUGAUGACGAUGAUGAUCUGAAACGUAUUGUAAAUUCCGAUGAUGACGAAGAGGAUGAUGAUUUACACCCCGGCAUUGGCAUUGAUCCGGAUGAUAGUGGUGAAGAAAUUGUUAUGCUGGAUAAGGGCCAUAAACAGCGUCAUCAUUAA